AAUUCACCUUCUUCUAUUUAUAAAUACACUCAUCACCAAUCACUCCAAAACCCCUUUCACAAUGCCGCUGCGUUUAUUCCCAACCACCAUCACACUAGCAUUCUUCAUCACCACCAUUGCCCCGGCCGCCGCCUCCGCUGCUUCGGCGCUCGGAGAUGCCGGAAUGCGGAGGGACGGCCUGCGGGUGGCGUUCGAGGCUUGGAACUUCUGCAAUGAAGUUGGCGCCGAGGCCCCCGCCAUGGGGAGCCCCAGAGCCGCGGAUUGCUUCGAUCUCACUCAAGGCACGGGGCCCAUAACUCACAAGGUGUCCGAAGCGGACAACAGGUUGGGAGUGGGGACGCCGUUCCCGGGUUUGAGCCCGGGAGCGCUGAACGACCCGGACCUAUACGCGGCCGCAAAGGAGCUUUAUCUCGGAUCGUUAUGUGAGGUCUCCGACAGCCCGGAGCCGUGGCAGUUUUGGAUGGUGAUGCUGAAAAACGGUAACUACGAUACCCGAUCCGGGCUGUGCCCGGAGGACGGGAAAAAGGCGCCACCGUUUAAGCCGGGGCGGUUCCCGUGUUUCGGGAAGGGGUGUAUGAAUCAGCCGACCUUGUACCACCAGCCUACCAGGUUGUACGAGGACGGGACGUUGAUGAGGGGCGGAUUCAACGGGAGUUACGACACGAGUUCGAAUUCCACCAAUGCUGGCUCUUAUUAUGAACUUGUGUGGGAGAAGAAAGUUGGGAGUGGGAGUUGGGUUUUCAAUCAUAAGUUGAAGACUUCAAAUAAGUAUCCAUGGCUUAUGCUUUACUUGAGAGCUGAUGCAACAAAAGGAUAUUCUGGGGGCUACCAUUAUGACACUAGAGGAAUGCUCAAAAUUCUGCCAGAGUCCCCAAAUUUCAAAGUGAAACUGAGUUUGGACAUCAAGAAAGGGGGAGGUCCGAAGAGCCAGUUCUACCUGAUGGACAUAGGGAGCUGCUGGAAAAACAACGGAGCCCCGUGCGACGGCGAUGUGGAGACUGACGUGACCCGGUACUCGGAGAUGAUCAUCAACCCGGCAACUCAGGCGUGGUGCAGCCCCACCAACAUCGGCAACUGCCCCCCGUACCACAUCACCCCGGACGACACCAAGAUACACAGAAACGACACUGCCAACUUCCCUUACGGAGCCUAUCACUACUACUGCGCACCCGGUAACGCCAAGCACGCGGAGAAGCCAUACAGCACCUGUGAUCCCUACAGCAAUCCACAGGCGCAGGAGCUGGUGCAGUUGCUUCCUCACCCCAUCUGGAAAGACUACGGCUACCCUACCAAGCAGGGUGACGGAUGGGUGGGAGACGGGCGUACCUGGGAGCUCGAUGUUGGAGGCCUUUCCGGCCGGCUCUACUUCUAUCAGGAUCCGGAUACGGCUCCUGCAAGAAGAAUAUGGACAUCUCUUGAUGUGGGGACUGAGAUUUUUGUUAGUAAUCAAGAAGAAGUUGCUGAAUGGAGUCUCAGUGAGUUUGAUGUCAUUCUUACUUGAUCAACAAAAUGUAUCAUAGCAUUAGCAGAGCAACCAAAACUAAUUAGCACUGCACACAACAUUAUUUUCAAAAAAAAGUAAGCAAGCAAGCUUGCUUUUCCUCAAUAUAAUUAUUUUUCUGCCUUAAA